AUGUCUUAUCUUAAUUUUGACGAUGGCGCUGCGUGGAGUGCGCCCAUCGAAACCUCUUCUGGUGACAUCGUCAGGGACGCCAUGAAAAAGGAGCAAAUCAUUCAGAGCAUCACAGCGGCUCAAGAUGACCUUCGUGUACUGCUUGAUCGCGUGAAGAGCGUGGAAGCUGACAUUGAAAAACUGUCUUCGGGAAACGCUACAUUGCAGAUGUACAUAGACAAUUUGACUAUGCAGAUGGCGAAGCGUCGUUGA